AGUACGCUGAUGCCACUGAUUUACGGGGAAUGUAAUAAAGAGGAGUAUGACAGGAACGCAACAAACACAUUUUCAAAUCGAUUACCUGCAUAAACAAACGGGAAGUCUCAAUGCUAUACAGAGCCCUAGUGCGUUCUCCAGACGCAAUCCGACACCGAUCGCCAGCUGCAGUCGCGCCUUCUAUGCAGGCCGACGCACGUCCCACCGCCUCCCACACGUAGGCCAUCGUGCCGAUCGCUUAUCAGCCGCUCUCAAAAAGUCAACGACGCUGACGCUUUAAGCCGAAGUCGAAGUCGAAGCCGGAAGAAGCUUUAAGCUCCGCAGCCGAGGUGCAACGAUCAACAGCUUAUGAAGAAUAAAACAGUUCCUUGUGAGACUUUCUAGAAUUCUAGUGUACCAAGUUCCAAGUCAAAUUUAUAGAGGAACACGCUCAACGCGCGCUUGCUUCAUUUUGUCCCCUUUGAUCCUCUCUGAGCGAGUCGUCUCUCUCCAGCGCACUCUCUCACUAUCACCUACACAGCAAUGGGACAGACAGUGGAUAAUAACAAACGAUGAUAUGUUGUGCUUUUGAUGACUGUUUGUAACUUAUCACAUCCAACACUACAAUGCUGCCACUCCUGAUCCUCCUAAUCCUCACGAGUGCUGCUGGUCAGAGUCAGAGUCAGACGAGCACCGAAACGAGCUCCUAUCCACCCAAGGAGUUUAUGACCUCAAUGGCUGAUCGAAUGGAGCUGCUGCUGCUGGACAGGGAGCUGAUCUCAAACCUCGUGCAAUAUGCUGAAGAGUUACAGGAAAAAGUCGAUGUGCUGCAGAGAUGUGCAAAGGCGAUGCAAAUACCUCUGGAGGAUUCGAAGGGCAGGGAGGAGGAGUACCUAUCGAAUCCGCUGCACAGUUUCCAACUCAUCCGACACAUGCACGAGGACUGGCGCCAUUUAGAGAAGUUCAUGCGGCAGACUGUGGGGCAGGAUCAGAUUAGUUUCCUUAAAAACAAGGCAACGAAAUUUCCUUCAGUAGAAGAGACUGAGGAAGCGACGGAGGCUAUUUAUCGGAUUAUUCUCACCUAUAAUGUGGAGCCAGCGGAUCUCGUCAAGGGGCUAAUCGAUGGCAUGCAUUACAACAGUAGCAUUUCAGCCAUCGAUUGCUUCUCUCUUGGAACUGUGUUCUUCCACUUUGGGGAGUACGAAAAUGCAGCCCAAUUUCUACAAUACUCCUUGGACCUGGUAAAACCAGAAUAUUAUUCGGUCAACCAUGUGCUGGAAUUUGAGUCAAGCGAGGUCAUCAGGCUCCUGGCUCGAUGCUCGGUAGAACUGGACAUGGUAGAGGAUGCUCGAAGGAUACUUAUGGGCCACCGUGAUCUGGCGGAGCACUCGGAGCGUCUGCUCAACUUCUACACACACACGAGACACGUCCCAGCCUCGUGGGAAGAGAAGCCCUUCCUGCCCCUGGAAUUCAUUCAGAUCUGCCGCUCCUCGCACCAAAAUAAACCCUCGCGAUUGCACUGUCGCUACAAUGCCACAACGACACCCUUCCUGCGCCUGGCCCCGCUACGGAUGGAGGAGCUGUCGCUGGAUCCUUAUAUCGUGGUCUACCACAAUGUGCUCUCCGACGCGGAAAUAGCCGAGGUGGAGCGCGUGAUAGAGCCGUUUCUGAAACGCAUUGGCAGGUAUGGUGAAAUGGAAAAUUCGAUGUCCCCCAGCAAGAGGCGCACGGGCCUUACAGGCCCCCAUCGCGAUGAUUAUAUGCAUGUCUCGGGCGCUCCGGUGAUCGAACGUGUCCACAGACACAUACGCGAUAUGACCGGGCUGUUCAUGAACGAGCAUCAGAUGAUAAAAUACGGAUUAGGGGGCCACUGCGAUCACCACUACGAUUUCCUCAACGCUUCUUAUCCGAGCACCCACGCUAUGGGCGACCGCAUGGCCACUGUCCUCUUCUACCUGAACGAUGUGAAACACGGGGGCUCCACUGUCUUUACCCAUCUUCAACUUAAGGUCCCCUCGGAGCGGGGCAAGGUCCUCUUCUGGUACAAUAUGCGGGGGGAGACGCAUGAUCUGGACAGACGAACCGUUCACGGUUCUUGCCCCGUCAUUGAUGGCACCAAAAAGAUCCUGUCCUGCUUCAUAAAUGAGCUGGAUCAAAUGUUUAUCCAGCUCACGUAUCGGCCAGGGAAUAGGCACUCAGAGAACAUAAAGGAAUGGCAUUAAAUUCGUGCCGUAGCCUGAAGGAUGCAUUUCUUAGGAAGAGGUUGCGAUACUUUGUUGUGGUUUCUAUAGAUUUCCUAGUUUGAUUUUUGUUUAAACGAUUAGCAUCCGAAACCUGCCCUAACUUGGGAAAUUCUGAUGAUUCCAAUAGUAUUUACUGAAAAUCAAAUUAUUUCUGUUACAAUAUAUUUUUUAUGAAAAAAAUUCUUAAAAAUUCUGUAAAAUAAAUCAUUUCUAGCAGACUAUUGAGGAUUAAGCGAAAUACAUUAGUUUUUAAUCAAGUAAAAUGGAUCUAAAACACAUACGAUCUGUCUAUCCAUCUAAUUAGAAUCUAUCUGGAUAAGAUAAGCCACAUGGAUGUGACCACUUUUCUUACUCAAGAGCAACGAAAUCGAGUCUUACAUGUGGAUCUAAAAAAUUAGCUAUUUUUCAAAUGAAUGUUCAAAGAAUUGAUUAUAAAAUAAGUUUAAUUACAAAUAAUACAUUGAAACUCAUCUUUACUUUUAAUAAUAUUCGUGCAAAGUAAAAAUUCUAUAUCUUUAAAUUUAGAAUAAAUAAACAAAAUUUGUGCCGUGUGCUUUGUUACAAAGCAUUCGAUUCCCACUAAU